AACUGAACAUACAUGUAUGUAUUCAUGAGCGGCAGUAGUCCCCAGGUACGUUCUUUUCUUCUUCACUAACGACACGAGAGAGAGAGAGAGAGAGAGAGAGAGGAGACAUGAGUUCGACUAAGAAAGCUUCGGAGAUUGCAACAAUGUUGACUCUGCAACCUCACCCGGAAGGAGGUUUCUUCUCAGAAACUUUCAGAGAUUCUUCGAUCAUUCUCCCCAAAUCUCUACUUCCACCGCAGUAUAAAAUUGAGCGCCCUAUCAACACAUGCAUUUACUUCUUGCUUCCAUCAGGGAGUGUUUCGCAUCUCCAUCGCAUCCCAUGUGCAGAAACCUGGCACUUUUACAUGGGAGAGCCUCUCACGGUAUUGGAGMUGAGCGAUGAUGGGAUGAUAAAGAUGACCAACCUUGGGAAUGACCUAGAAUCUGGCCAGCGACCACAAUACACUGUAGCCCCCAAUGUGUGGUUUGGUUCAUUCCCAACAAUGGACAUUAUCAUUUCUGAAGAUGGAAAUUCAUUUGUGAAGGCUCCAGCCAGGGAGGUUGAUAGCCAUUACUCUCUUGUUGGGUGCACCUGCGCUCCUGCUUUUCAAUUUGAGGACUUUGAGUUAGCAAAACGUUCUGAACUUGUAUCGCUCUUUCCUACAAAGGAAAAUUGGAUCUCUUACCUCACUUUACCUGACUGAAAAUUGCACAUCUUUAGUACUAAUGGGAUUUUGUACUUGAGCUGUUCUUUUUCGGGUGAUCUGUAGUCUGGAUGCUAUGCACUUGCUACUGUUAAGAAUAAGGAAUGACAACACGGAAGAUGUAUCUUUCCUGGGUUUAAUUACUAUCAGUCUUGGGUCCCAUGUCAGUCUUGUUUGUUCAAACUCAAUCCUUUGAUCAGAUUUCUGCCUCUAUGAAUUAUGUGAUUAUGUUAAUAUUUCAGUUAGAAUCAAAA